AUGUAUUGGAAUCAUGAUCCAGAAGAGGAAUUUGAGUUGUUAGAAUUAAUAGGUGAAGGAGCAUAUGCAACUGUAUACAAAGGGAGACACAAAGAGGAUGGAUAGAUAGUGGCAAUUAAAAUAAUUCCUAUGGUUGAUGAGAUUGAGAAUUUAGUGUAGGAAAUCAAAAUUUUGAAAGUAAGAUUUCUCUAAUAAGGAUUGUUAACAUCCUAAUAUUGUGUCUUUUUUGGGAUCUUAUUAUAAAGAUAGUAAUCUUUGGUUAAUAAUGGAAUAUUGUUAAGGAGGUUCUGUGUUAGGACUUAUGGAAGUGAUGGAUAGAGGAUUAAAUUAGGAAGAGAUUAGUGGUAUUAUGUAUUCAACAUUAUUGGGAAUUGAAUAUCUUCAUUAAAAUAAGAAAAUACAUAGAGAUAUAAAAGCAGGGAAUAUAUUACUUGAUCAUAAGGGUUAAGUGAAAUUGGCAGAUUUUGGAGUUGCUGCUUAAUUAACAUAUUCAUGUGCAGAUAAAGUACAAUAUAUAUAUAUUAAAUAAAGGGAACAUUUAUAGGGACUCCAUUUUGGAUGAGUCCUGAAGUAAUUAGUAAAUCUCGUUAUAAUUAAUUGACUGAUAUUUGGUCAUUAGGUGUAACAGCAAUAGAAUUAGCAGAAGGUACUCCACCUUAUUCUCAUAUUCAUCCAGUUAGAGCAAUGUUUGCAAUUAAGAAUAAUCCACCAAUGGGACUUACUAAACCUGAAUAAUGGUCUAAGGAAUUUAAUUAAUUUGUUUAAGAUUGUUUAAGAGUGGAAGUAAAUGAAAGACCAACUGCAUAAUAAUUAUUAUAAUAUACUUUUAUUAAAUAGGGAAAAUAACAUUUAAAAAAAUUAUUAAAUUUAGUGGAACAAUAUUCAAAGUAAUUAUAGGAAGCAAGAUUAAAUAAAUUACAAAAAAAUGAGAAUAGUUAAUAAUCAAUAAAGGAUUAAGUUCCAUUAACUAUAAUAUCUAAUUGUGAAUAGAUAGAUGAUGAUAAUGAGAUAUCUAAUGUUGAUUAUGGGACUCUUGUUAUUAAGGAUUAGAUGAUUUAAAUAAAAGAGGAACCUGAUUUCUUAAAAUGGAAUAAAAUGGAUUAAUAAAUAAGUGAUCAUUAAAAGAAGAAAGUAGAACAUUAAAAAGAAUUAAGUUUAGAAGCAUAAAUAUAAAAUAUGAAUUUAGAAGAGAGAAAGAGACUUAAAAAUUAAAUUGAAUAAUAGAUGAAUGAAGAAUUAGAAUAAAUUAAAAAGAAAUAUUCUUCUAAAUUAGAUUUAUUAAAUAUUAAGAUUAAGGAAGAAGAGGAUAAAAGAAAAUAAUAAUAUUAACCUUUAAAUUUACCUUUUAGCUUUUAAGUCAGUUAAGAAGUAUUGUAAUAAUUGGCUAAUGUUAAGACUCCUUUAAUAAAAUCUCAAUAAGUUAAAUAAGUUAAACCUCCUCCAUUUGAAUUUAUACCUAAAUAGAAAUUAUGA